AUGAGCACUGAGGAGAAGAUCUCAAGCAGCGACACAUUGUCCCAGCCAUUAUUUCGUGACAUCACAGCGGAAGAUUACGAUCCAGAGAUAACAGAGAUUGAAAGCCUAUGUGUCAACUGUGAGGAGCAGGGCAUUACAAGGCUGUUUUUGACGAAGAUCCCAUUUUUCAAAGAGGUCAUUGUGUCGUCAUUUUCCUGUGACCAUUGUGGGUACAAAAAUGCAGAACUGCAACCUGGGGGACGGAUCCAGGACAGGGGAGUCUGCUACAAAGUCAAUGUCACAGCCGGACAAGAUUUGAACCGACAAGUGGUGCAGACACAGUAUGCUACCAUUAAAAUACCAAAGCUGGAGUUUGAAAUCCCACCUGGGAAAUCAUCUCUAACAACAAUUGAAGGCGUGAUAGACCGAGCUGUGGAAGGGUUAGAACAAGAUCAGAUACUUCGGAGGAUUCAGCAUCCAGAGGUUGCUGCUCAGAUCGAUGAGUUUAUUAAAAAGCUGCAGAAGCUGAAAUCUGGGAAUGAGCCGUUCUUGUUUGUGAUUGAUGAUCCUUCCGGAAACAGCUUUCAUGCCCCCGCCAAGGACCCUCAGAUGACGGUGGCUCACUAUGCCAGGACCAGACAGCAAGAUGAGUUCCUAGGUCUCAUAGCUGAACAAGAUGCUGAAGAGGGCACUGCAGAAUCUACGGCUGUAGGUCAGGAUGAUGGGGAGGGUUUUAACACCCAAAAUGAGGUGUUGUCAUUCCAGACCAACUGCCCUCGAUGUGCAUCAGCUUGUGAUACACACAUGAAGCUUGUCAAUAUCCCACACUUCAAGGAGGUGGUCAUCAUGUGUACCACCUGCGAUAAGUGUGGCCACAGAGACAACGAGGUCAAGAGUUCAGGAGGGAUCGAAGAUAAAGGUCAAAGAAUGGAGUUGGAGAUUAAAGACACAGUGGAUAUGGCUAGAGAUGUCCUGAAGAGCGAGACUGCCUGUAUCGAGAUCCCAGAGCUGGACUUUGAGAUGGAGAUGGGGACUUUAGGCGGGAAGUUUACAACGGUUGAAGGGCUGCUGCUGGACAUCAAGUCACAGCUGAAGGAGUCCAAUCCAUUCUUUCAUGGCGACUCGUCGCAACCGGAGAUGCAUUCCAAACUGUUGGAGUUUUGUAGCAAGAUUGAUGAUAUUGUGGAAGGCAGAAUGAAAGGCUGCCACUUUGUCCUUGAUGAUCCUGCAGGCAACAGUUUUAUUCAGAGUUUGUGUGCACCGGACCCAGAUCCUCAGCUAGCUGUGACCCACUACACCCGGUCCUGGCAACAGAACGAGGACCUGGGACUCAAUGAUAUGAAGACGGAGAACUACGAGGAGUCGUGA